AUGUCGACUCGGGACGUUUACAUCGACAAAACCCCUCUAGAGCUUGAUAUACUGGUCAUCGGUGCAGGGUUUGGUGGCCUCUAUCAGCUACACAACUAUCGAAAGCUGGGAUACAAAGUUCAUCUUCUCGAGUCUGGUAGUGACAUUGGAGGGAUAUGGUAUUGGAACUGCUAUCCGGGUGCACGAGUCGACAGUCCUGUGCCCGUUUACGAGUAUUCCAUGGAGGACUUAUGGAAGGAGUGGAACUGGACGGAACAAUUUCCUGGAUGGGAAGAGCUCCGAGCGUACUUUCGAUUCGUGGAUGAGAAGCUAGGGUUGAAGAAGGAUAUCACUUUCAACGCUCGGGUUGUUCGUGCGGAAUGGAGCGAAGGAGAUCAUUGGACUGUCAGCACGGCAAACGAACUCGUUAUACACUCGAGAUUCCUCGUCUUAGCCCUUGGGUUCGCCGCCAAAAGGUAUACACCACCUUUCCCAAACCUCGAUUCAUACCAAGGAAUCUGCCACCACACAUCUGCAUGGCCAGAGACGUUUACACCUGCUCAUUUCGCUGAGAAAAGAACAGCUGUGAUCGGCACGGGUGCAAGUGGUGUUCAGAUCAUUCAAGAAGUUGGCCCUAUUCUGGGGGAGGAAGGUCAUCUCACGGUAUUCCAACGAACACCUAACUACUGUCUUCCCAUGAGACAGAAGAAGUUUACUGUGGACGCACAGAAUGAGGCGAAAAAAAUAUACCCAACCAUCUAUAAGAGACGAUAUCAGACGUACGGUGGCUUCAUUUAUGGCGCAUAUCAUAAAGGCUGGUCCUCCGCGACACCAGAAGAGCGAAUUCUACGCCUCGAAGAGCUCUGGGCAAAAGGAAGUCUCGAAAUCAUCACCUCCAACUACGUCGAUCUCCGGCGUAACCAAGAAGCCAACGACGCUGUGUAUGCCUUUUGGCGGGACAAAGUACGCUCUAGAAUCCGAGAUACAAGAUUGCAGGAAAAACUGGCACCGACGGUUCCUCCUCAUCCAUUUGGAGCAAAACGUGCUGCACUGGAGGAAACUUAUUACGAGGUCUAUAACCAGCCCAACGUUUCGUUGAUCGAUGUGAACGAGAAUCCUAUUGCGAGAUUCACCCCCCAAGGGAUCGUCACCCAGGAUGGUAACGAACACAAAUUUGAUAUCGUGGUUCUCGCCACCGGGUUCGAUAGUGUUACGGGUGGGAUAACCCAAAUCGAUAUUCGUGGUACCGACGGGAGGAGUAUCAAAGAGAAGUGGAAAAACGGUAUCUUCACGAAUCUGGGAAUGACAGCUGCAGGUUUCCCGAACAUGUUCUUUGUGUAUGGACCACAAGGACCGACAGCAUUUUGUAAUGGGCCGAGUUGCUCUGAAAUGCAAGGAGACUGGAUAAUCCGAUGUAUCCAAUACAUGAAGACCCAUGACUUGACGCGUAUCGAGGCCACUCAUGAAGCGGAAAUUGAAUACAAAGAAUAUGUUCUGGAGGCGUACGAAGCUAUGAGACUCAUGAAAGAAGCAAAGUCAUGGUGGAAUGGAGGGAAUAUCCCAGGCAAGGUCGUUGAACCAUUGAGCUUUGCUGGCGGUUUGCCCUCGUAUCUCAAGAGGUGUUGGGAGAAGGAACAACGUGGAUACGAAGGAUUUAUAUUGUCUUCCGAAACAAGUCGUGCCAGACUUUGA